AAAAAAACGAGAGAAAAUUGAAAAAGAACGAAUUAAAUUUUGUAUUUUUUUGGUGAUCUCUUUAACAGGAUUGAGAAACAUUUUUGGUUAGAAUUGAGUUAAAGAGAAGAUGGCUUCAGUACAAGAUAUUGGUUUAUCUGCAGCUAUAAAUCUUUUAUCUGCAUUUGCUUUCUUGUUUGCAUUUGCUAUGCUUAGACUUCAGCCUGUUAACGAUAGAGUUUACUUCCCAAAAUGGUAUCUCAAAGGGAUACGAGGAAGUCCAACGCGUUCUAGAGGAAUCAUGACUAGAUUUGUGAAUUUAGAUUGGACUACUUAUGUCAAGUUUCUUAAUUGGAUGCCUGCUGCGCUUAAAAUGCCCGAACCCGAGCUUAUCGAACAUGCAGGCCUUGAUUCUGCUGUAUAUAUCCGUAUUUACCUUCUCGGAUUGAAAAUGUUCGUCCCGAUAACACUACUUGCUUUUGGAGUUUUGGUUCCUGUCAAUUGGACAGGAGAAACGCUAGAAAAUAUCGAUGACUUGACAUUCAGUAACGUCGACAAGCUUUCAAUAUCGAAUGUUCCACCAGGAUCGCCAAGGUUUUGGGCUCAUAUAACUAUGACAUACGUGAUUACACUCUGGACUUGCUACAUAUUAUACAUGGAAUAUAAGACUGUGGCUAAUAUGAGAUUGAGACAUCUAGCAGCAGAAAGUCGUCGUCCUGAUCAACUCACUGUACUCGUGAGAAAUGUUCCUCCAGAUCCUGAUGAAUCAGUAAACGAACAUGUGGAGCACUUCUUUUGUGUAAAUCAUCCAGAUCAUUAUCUUUGUCAUCAGGUAGUGUACAAUGCAAAUGACCUUGCAAAAUUAGUCGCACAGAGAAAAGCUAUGCAAAAUUGGUUGACUUACUACGAAAAUAAAUUUGAGAGGAAGCCAUCAAGUAGGCCAACAACAAAGACAGGUUAUGGAGGUUUUUGGGGAACUACAGUUGAUGCAAUUGACUUCUAUACUUCAAAGAUGGAUAUUUUGGCUCAGCAAGAGGCUGUAGAAAGAGAAAAGAUCAUGAACGAUCCUAAGUCUAUCAUGCCGGCAGCAUUUGUUUCCUUCAGAUCACGGUGGGGAACAGCUGUCUGUGCUCAAACGCAGCAAUGCCACAAUCCCACAAUAUGGUUGACGGAAUGGGCUCCCGAACCACGCGAUGUUUUCUGGGAUAAUCUCGCUAUUCCAUAUGUUGAGCUCUCAAUAAGAAGAUUGCUCACAACAGUUGCACUGUUUUUUCUUAUUUUCUGCUUCAUGAUUCCUAUAGCAUUUGUUCAGUCUCUUGCCAACCUUGAAGGGAUCCAAAAAGUUCUCCCUUUCUUGAAGCCUGUAAUAGAAAUGAAGACUGUAAAGUCUGUAAUCCAAGGGUUUCUUCCAGGAAUAGCGUUAAAGAUUUUUCUCAUCAUACUUCCGACUAUUCUGAUGACAAUGUCACAAAUUGAAGGAUAUACAUCGCUGUCCUAUUUAGAUAGAAGAUCAGCUGAAAAGUAUUUCUGGUUCAUUAUUGUCAAUGUCUUUCUUGGAAGCAUCAUUACCGGGACAGCAUUUCAGCAGCUUAAAUCUUUCCUUGAGCAACCACCAACCGAGAUCCCGAAAACAGUUGGUGUGUCAAUCCCAAUGAAGGCCACAUUUUUCAUCACUUAUAUAAUGGUCGAUGGUUGGGCUGGAAUUGCAGCUGAGAUACUCAGAGUGGUUCCAUUAGUCAUUUUUCAUCUGAAAAACACGUUCUUGGUUAAGACAGAACAAGACAGGCAGCAAGCAAUGGAUCCAGGACAUCUGGACUUUGCAACAUCUGAACCACGGAUUCAGUUCUAUUUCUUGCUAGGCCUUGUAUACGCUGCUGUUGCGCCAAUUCUUCUUCCAUUCAUUAUUGUCUUCUUUGCUUUCGCCUACGUUGUUUUCCGGCAUCAGGUUAUAAAUGUCUACGACCAGAAAUAUGAGAGUGGGGCUAGAUACUGGCCAGACGUUCAUAGACGUUUGAUCAUAUGUUUAAUAAUAUCACAGCUUCUGAUGAUGGGUUUGCUCAGCACAAAGAAAUUUGCAAAAGUAACAGCUCUGCUUCUCCCUCAGCCUAUCUUAACCUUUUGGUUUUACAGAUACUGCGCAGGACGGUUUGAAUCGGCCUUCUCAAAAUUUCCCUUACAGGAAGCAAUGGUGAAGGAUACACUAGAAAAAGCGACUGAACCGAAUCUAAACCUCAAGGAAUAUCUGAAAGAUGCUUACGUGCAUCCGGUUUUCAAAGGCAAUGAUUUUGACCGACCACGAGCAGUCGAUGAGGAGGAAAGCAAUCCUCUUGUACGGACCAAGAGGACUUCUCAAGGUACGACCCGAUACAACUCAGAAGCUAGUAGCUCUGCUACAGCCACUCCUGUAGCCAACACUGGCUCUCCUAGAUGUUGUUGGGGUAAAUUAAUUGGGUCCUUUGGAUAUCUUUGCUUCAUGACUUCUCAUGGCUAUUCAAUCCCUGGCCUUGGUCUUCCUCAAGACCUCUGUAACACCGAAAUCAUCAAGCAGAAUAGCCGGUCUCAUCGGGUGAAUCCCGGAGCAAGACAAGAGAUCAUACCUGCAAGCUCCUUCAAUCUGAAUCCAGAACACUUGGAACCAUGGAAACCUGUUUCUUCAUUUAGCCAAUUCGUGGAGAUUGAUUCAGCCAUGAUGAAACCUCUGCUCAUGGAUGUUCAUGAGACGGCACCAGAAUCGCUGGUUUUGAGCUUUGGAAUCGCCGAUAAGUCUGCGAGACAAGAAAAGGUGAUGGAGUUUCUUCUGUCUCAGUCAGAGGAGUUCAAGGAAAAAGGAUUCAAUAUGUCUCUGUUAAAUGAAUUGAUGGAAUUAGAGGCUAUGAAAUCCAGUUCUCAGCUACGACCAUAUGAUACUUCCUCUGUUCUGUACUUGAAUCAAGAAUUAGGGAAACCGGUUUUGGAUCUCGUUAGGGAUAUGAUGGAUAAUCCAGAGUUCUCUGUGCGAUCGAAUGUUCUGUUCUCUUCAAGUAGCAAUCGUGAGUUGAAUGAUCUACUUUCUAUUGCUUCCGAGUUCAAUUUGUCAAGGAAUUCAACAAAAUGGAGACAGCUCUCACCGCUUAUCCCACACUUUCAGAGGUUUGAAAGUGAAGUAUUUACACCGGCUAAGCUGAAAGCGGUUACAGUGCUAGCACCUUUGAAGAGUCCUGAGAAAACCAGGCUCAAGUCACCAAGGAAACACAACACGAAGCGAAAAGCUAAAGAAAGGGACCUAUACAAAAGAAACCAUCUCCACGCUUACGAGAGCCUUCUGUCUUUAAUGAUAGGCAAUGAUCACCAACACAAACACACAACAGUACUCUCUUUACAGAAAUCAUGCGGAGAGCUCUCAGAGCUUCUGACUCAGUUCUCUAUCACUGUCGCUGGAACUGGAAUCGCUGUGCUCUUUUCUGUCGUCUGUAGCCUUGCUUCAAGACGUGUACCCUUUUGCGCAAACAAGUUCUUCGACACUGGGCUUGGUUUCAGUUUGGUAAUACUGUCAUGGGCUGUGAAUAGACUCAGGGAAGUGAUUGUUCAUGUCAAUAGGAAAGGGAACAAACCCUGUUCAAGUUUGAAGGAUGACGAAAUCAUAAACAGUGUAGAGAGAAGUAUCAAGGAGGUUUACUACAGAGCUGCCACGGUAAUGGCGGUGUUUGCGCUUAGGUUUGCAUGUUGAAAACUCGCGGUGAUCUUGAUUUACUACUCCAUGGAAAGCUUCUAAGUUCUAAAAGGUCGUUUGUAAAUGACUAAAACUUGUUUAGUACUGAGCUGUAAAUGUGAAGAUGAUAUUGUGUUGUAGAACCUAAGAUUAAGAGGUGAAGAAUUUUGAAGAGAAUAAAUUGUUCUGCAAGAA